AUUAAAAAAUUUGAACAUCACAGAAGCUUAUUAAUUCAGCGAUAAGACAUGUCCGGAAAGGACGGUCAAGGUGGACAAAAUCUGAAUGGUCAUCCGUCCGAGAAAAGUCAAAGUCAGAGCUCAGGGGGGACAGGUAGUGGGGCACCGAAGAAUUGGUACUUGUCAGAGAUACUGCAAAUGAUGUAUGGGUUUGGAGAUGUCCCAAAGCCUCAGCAUGACUCAGCAGUUUUGAUUGAGGACAUUGUCAAACAACAGCUAACAUCUGUGCUUCUUCAAGCAGCAGAUGUGGCCUCAUUAAGAAAUGGACGUUUUAUUGGACUUGAAGACAUUCUUUUCCUUCUCCGCAAAGACAAAGUCAAGCUGAGACGUCUGUUGCGGUAUAUGGGGGUGAAGGACCAGCGCACCAUGGCAAUGAAGGGGGUGAGUGAGGAGGGAGAGGAAGAUCCAGGGGGAGAAAAAUUCGCUCAUCCGGCGAAGACAUGCCUCAAACUGUGCUACAACUACCUGAGCUCUAUCGACGCCACAGGAGAACUAUUGGCACUGUUUGAAGAUGGAGGAACAGAUGAAGUGAAGAAAGAGAGAUUACUGAGAGCAGAAAUACAAACAAGGUACAUGGAUCAGAAGCAAUACAUGGAAUAUGUUGAGGCCAGACAGGCUAGCUUUGGGAGGCGUAACAAAGCCCAGCGGUUUAAGGACUGGUUACUGGCAGGAGUCAUUAUGGAUCUCAAACCCAAUCAGCACGCCAUGGAAAUCAUCAACUACUUCGCCUAUGAAAUUGUUGCUCAGAUAGUGGACAUGGCCUUGCUAGUGAAGCAGGACAAGAAAACAGUUUAUGGAGACCCAGUGCCAAGGAAUGGCCCCACUGUCUGUAUUAAUUACUACAACCAAAUCUCCCUUGGGUCAGGAAUCUCUGCCCCACCCUCCACCACUCAGGGACCAACUUCACCUGUCCAGAGUCCUCCUGCCACACCAACAACUCCUGGAUCCACCCUUAGCUUGAGUUCCAGCUCUUCUUCUCUCAGUGCCUCACUCCCGAAACCCAAGAGUAAAAAACGCAAAAAGAGUGGUGUAGGAAGUGCUUUAGAGAUUUCUACAGCGAUACAACCUGAGGACAUCCAGGAGGCCAUGAGGAGAUACUGUCAUAAUAUAGGACCAUUCUCCUCACACAUUAAAACAAAUCCCAUGGUUCCUCCUCACACACGGCUUUUGUGUUUAUGAUGCCUCAUUAAACAUACAGGCUCUAUGAAACAUACCAUAUGUUUGCUGAAUCUACAUGUAUUUCCUGCUGUAGGAAUGUUAAGGGGUUCAACAGAUGUUCUGUGACAGAUUCAUGUUGCAUGUACCUUAAUCUGUUUUAUUUCCCUUUAUAAGAGGGAAAUUCAGCAUAUUGAAGAG